CCAGCCUCCGGCGACGACGCACAGUCACUGAGCCAGCUGUCACUGUCGCUGUCUCUGACGCCGGGCCCGCGAUCCCCAGGACUGCCCGCGUCCCCAUCGACGCCGCUGCCUUUAAAUGCGUCUUCUCGCCAUGCCUCGCCCUCGUCCAGAGGCACUCCCACCCCCUCGCUCAGUCCCUCGGGCAGAGAAUCGCGCGCCGGAACUCCCACCCUCGUCCGCAAGGCCUCGAUGAACUCCCUGCACUCGGCAAAUGGCGUUGGCCCCUCGCGGUCGCUGUCCAGGCGCUCCAGCCUUGGGCAGGUUGUUUCACCGGGCUUGAGGGCGUCGUUUGGCAUGCCCAGCUUCGAGCCCGAGUGGCGGCCGCCCCUGACGCCAAGCUCGGUGGCCAGCGGCCAUUUCAAGGACGAGCUCGAGGCGCAUCACGGCCCUGUGUCGACGCUCCACACCGAGACGGUGGUGAUUCUCAACGAUGCAGUCUACGGCCACCGGUUUUCCCGCCCGCGCACCCCCAAGAGUGCAUUAAGCACCAUUGUGGAGCGGCCCGAGCGAAUCAAGGCCGGUGUCUUGGGCGUGUCCACCGCGUAUGUGCGUCUUGGUGAGCGCCACUCUGAUGGAGCGCUGCCUAUCCAGCCAAAGGGAAAUGUGCACCUGCUGCCCAGCAUCCCCUUUCGCAUUCACAAGACGGACCGGAGGCUGCCGCUGCUGUCCCCCGCUGUCACAAACGUCCAUGGGACAAAAUGGAUGGAGGAGCUCAAGACCAUGUGCGAGUCCGCCGAGGAGGUGCUGGCUCGUGGAGGCAAGGAGCUGCAGAGACCUACUAUAACACGAGGUCAAGACCAUGCCGCCCCAGAGAAGCUCCAUGAGGGCGAUUUGUAUCUUUGCCCCGAGUCACUGGAUGCUAUCGAGGGUGCCCUGGGCGCUGUAUGUGAAGGUGUAGAUGCUGUUUUCUCAGCUGGGCCACGGCGAGCAUUUGUGGCCGUUCGGCCUCCGGGACAUCACUGCUCUGACAAUCUGCCAUCCGGCUUCUGCUGGGUGAACAAUGUUCAUGUUGGAAUCAUGCACGGUAUCCUCAACCAUGGCCUGACGCACGCCGCCAUCAUCGACUUUGACUUACACCACGGAGAUGGGUCUCAAUCCAUUGCGUGGGCACACAACUCGCGAGCCAUGGCUGCCACCAAGAACCAUGCCGCCUGGAAAAAGACGUCGAUAGGCUACUUCAGCUUGCACGACAUCAACUCCUACCCUUGUGAGAACGGCGAUGAUGACAAGAUCAAGAACGCAAGUAUUUGCAUCGAAAAUGCACACGGGCAAAACGUUUGGAACACCCAUCUCCAGCCGUGGAAAACGGUGGAAGAUUUCUGGGAUCUCUACGAGACCAAGUACACGAUACUUCUCGACAAGGCCCGCAUCUAUCUCAAAGGCCAGGCAGAGAAGCUACAAGACGCAGGACUUAGCCCACGGGCUGUCAUCUUUCUCUCUGCAGGUUUUGAUGCCAGCGAAUGGGAGGGCGCUGGAAUGCAGCGUCAUAAAGUCAACGUACCUAACGAGUUUUACGCACGAUUGACUCAAGACGUCGUUCGACUUGCCGCAGAGGAAGGCCUUGCUGUUGACGGUCGCAUCGUCAGUGUCUUGGAGGGUGGCUAUAGUGACAGAGCCUUGACUGCGGGCAUCUUCAGCCAUCUCAGCGGUCUUGUUGGCAAGCAAAAUCUACCUCGACAGGGCGGCUCUUUUACGGAUGGUGCGUACGACGAGGACGGCGAGCGUGUUGUACAACCACUGGGUUCGAUUAAUCCGUACGAUCCCUCAUGGUGGGCGGCUGAUGAGCUUGAAAAGUUGGAAGCCACAGUUGCGCAGUUUGAUGCCACACCGAAGAAACCGCGUCUAUCUCCUACUCCAACAUAUUGCUCGCCAACCCAUGCGUCCACGGCGAGGGCUGUGAACCCUCUCAAAAUGCAGCGGAGCAUGUCGUCUCUCAUCAACAGAUCAACAGUCUCAAGCCGGUCUCCUUCUCCAUCGCCCCCUGACGUGUCAUGGAUGGUUGCUGCCAAGGAGCUUUCGAAGCUCCUCAUACCACGAGAUCGCCAAACUGAAAGUGCUACAUUUGAAGAUCUGAACCCAGAGGCAAAUCGGGUACGACGAGAGAGAGCACUAUCUGGAGCGACAGAGCUUGAUCGGCCAACAUCGAGAAUGUCGCUUCGUGAACGCAAGCCUAGAGCUAUCGAUCCUAUCCAAGAACAAGAGGAGACUCGGCAGAUGAAGGACCGGAGGAAGCCUGUGGCUGUUUCGACAAUUGCUGCAGAAAAGGUAAGCAUUCUUUUGGCAACCGCUCGUGGUCAGACACCGCAACCUCUCGUUGGUGACGUCCCAAAGAAGAGCAAUCGACGCCUUACUACAUCGUCAGUCGCCCAUACACAGCAGCGCAGCGUCUCUCGCACCAUGCCGAUCAGCGAAGAAAUGCCGCUUCGCCCAUCCACGUCGGCAGGCCCCGUCUCAGGGAGGCCUCUUUCAAUCGCAGACAGCAGCUCCCAGAGCCUCAGACCCUCUGGGAGAAUCACCGUUAGCAGAUCACGGCCGACUACUGCGCACGGGGAACCGGCUCUCAGAUCACCCAUGCUUGAAGCCAGAAGGGAGACGGCUGCAGAGAGAGCUCCACAAUCUGCGGCGUCAAGGCUGGACGCUACUAUUGACGACAUGGAUAAGAUCACCAAAGGCAUCAAGAAGAUCAAGAUCAAUCUGAUCACCCAGUCGCAGAAGGAAGCCCGGGAGAAGGCCCGGCUUGAGGCUGAACAAGCCCAAGCUGCAGCCGCAGCAGCAGUUGCCAGAUCACCACGAACUUCGUCUGCCAGCACCAACAGAUCUGUGGAGUCUGGCGGCCUCAAGACCCCCACCAGCACUUCUGACCGUAGAUCUAUCGCUUCCGCCACAUCUCCGGAUAGUACCAUGCCGGCACUGACCUCCGAAAGUGGCCUAUCUACGCCCAAUAUGGAGCACUUUACACCACGGACAGUUUCUCCUGAAGCGAGACAAACGGUUCCAAAUAUGAGCUCUCCUCGGUCGAGUCAAGCGGCGGAAGAAACGCCUGAAUUUUUCGUGCCGUAUCAGCCUGGAGGGCCACCUCCUGUUCCUGUCGCUUCUCAAGAGCCACUGAAAUGGCUCCCUCCGACUCUUCCCGCUGGCGCUCCAGCUGCUGCGCCUACCCUUAAGAAGAAGAACAGCACUCUGUUCCAAUAUAGUGGCAGCGGCAGCAUUCCCUUUGCGCCCAGGUUGGCGAGCCAGUCU